CUCUGCACCUCAAGGAUAACAUUUCUGUCCUUUUGAUUGGCCGCCUCACUGCUGCAAGAUUCUAACCGUCUUAUUUUGAUGAUGAAUAUGAAGGCACGCUAAGCCGGGCUGGAGCAUAGUGUCUCAGAUUCUGCGCUCCUUCCAGAGCCCAAGGACUUACAGCUUCCUCUGCUGCCUUCCUGUGCCAACAACCCCCCAAAAAGUUGUGAUGCUUUUCUUCACCCAGUGCUUUGGGGCUGUGUUAGAUCUCAUUCACCUCCGCUUUCAGCACUACAAGGCUAAACGGGUGUUCUCCGCCGCUGGGCAACUGGUCUGCGUUGUAAACCCCACACACAACCUAAAGUAUGUGUCCAGCCGACGCGCCAUCACUCAGAGCGCCCCAGAGCCGGGCAGCUUUCCCCCUCACCACGGCCCCCACCACCACUGCCAUCACCGCCCCCACCACCACCUCCGCCACCACGCCCGCCCCCACCACCUCCACCACCAGGAGGCAGGGCUGCAUGCCGCCCGGGUGAUGCCCUGCAUGUGCCCCUUGUUCUCCUGCCAGUGGGAAGGCCACCUGGAGGUGGUGGUGCCCCAUCUGCGGCAGAUGCACAGAGUGGACAUACUUCAGGGAGCCGAGAUCGUCUUCCUGGCCACAGACAUGCACCUCCCGGCACCAGCCGACUGGAUCAUCAUGCACUCCUGCCUUGGCCACCACUUUCUGCUGGUGCUUAGGAAACAGGAGAGGCAUGCAGGGCACCCCCAGUUCUUUGCCACCAUGAUGCUGAUUGGGACACCCACCCAGGCCGACUGCUUCACCUAUCGCUUGGAGCUCAACAGAAAUCAUAGGCGUCUCAAAUGGGAGGCCACCCCCCGGUCUGUCCUGGAGUGCGUGGACUCGGUGAUCACCGACGGGGACUGCCUGGUCCUCAACACCUCGCUGGCCCAGCUCUUCUCCGACAACGGCAGCCUUGCCAUCGGAAUCGCUAUCACUGCGGCAACCGAGGUCUGCUCCUCGGAAGCUGAGAUGUGAAGCAAGGGGCCACCGGACGCUCACAUGCAGCCACCCCUCCACCAAGAGACUGCCUGUGCCCCUCGGAUCUCCAAAUGCCAGGACUACAGGCUCCUUUUUAUUCUCCUCCCACCUCCCCUCCUUUCUUCCUUUCUUUUUUGUCUCAGGUACUUUGUGGUAUUUAGUAUUUGUCUGCCAUGGGCAUUAUAUUAUGUAAACAUCCUGUGAUUCAAGAUCUUGGUGUGGUGUUUGUCCUGAUCUGUUGGUACAGUUUUUUAGAACAUUUUAAAUCAGACUCAAUCGGAAUGGUUCUUUCUGGCCACCCCCAAUUCCCUCCUCCGCUGCUUUUAAAUUGAACAAAAGUCACCAAGGUCACGAAGCAGACUCUUAGGGUUGAAAGGAGACUUAGUGUCCAAAUCAUUUUUUCCUUCCCUUUUCAACCUGUUUCAGAGUUCGCUAAUUCUGAAAUACAUGCAGAUAGCAGAUCAGGGCAGGGGACCCCACCAACUCAGAGAUAAAUAUUUCAGACCAACUAGACACAACUCUGCCACCUUCCUAGGAACCUCAGGGGGCCACACCGCUUGGACAGGAGGAGAUGGCAUCUCCUUCGAAGGCCAGGGCACUGGGCUGGAGGCGCGAUGCAUCCUCUGGGUUGAUCCCGGGGGCUCCAGGGAGCGGGCAGAUGUUGAACCCUCCUUUGGUGGACUGCCGUGAGCUGGUGCUCAGCCAGGGCCAUCUUUUCCUGCUCUGAAAUCAAAGACUUCAAGGGUUUGGUGCUUCCCUGAAAAAAUCCUUGCCCUCCACUGAGCAAGUCAUAGAAACGGAUGAGCAAGAGGCAGGGGACGAGAAGCAGCUGAAAACGCAACAGGUAAAAUUCAUCUCCCGCCCCUGGGAGGGCGUUCUCUCCUGAGACAGUUUUAUUAUCAAGUUAUAAAAUCCAUCAAUCCUUUCUCUAGGGUGGAGCACUUGUGUAUCAUGCAAAGAACCCUCUGUGCUCUUGAUAGUUCAUAAACCAGAACCAGGAUUCAGCAGCAUCAAACACAAGCAACUCGGAGGGUGCGCCCAGGUCCUCUAACCAGGAGGGCGUGGCCCCAUCCCUCAUACACCUGGGGGGGUCCUCUCGCCUUUCCUUGCUUCUAAAAUGCUCCGUGGGCCUCAUUCAGCACACAAACACUGUCACUGUUCAAGUAGGCAUCCAGCACCCUGCUGCAGCAGGAAUGAAAAGUCCACGAAAAUCCAUCUCGCCUUUAGGUAGACAGCUCUCUUCUCCUCAGCUGUCAGAACAAUCCGCCAACCUCUUCUUGUGGAAGUCUCUUGUGGUUUUGAAUCAAGGAAGCACGUUUAGUCAACUUUAUCUCUUCUGAUGGGAGCUGAGUACAUGGAAGACUCCCCAGGAGGCCCUCUCCUCCCUUCUUUUUGUCGUUUUUGUUAUCCCCUGGCCUCUCUCCAGUCGCAGCACAAGCACAGCACCUAGACCCCACACAAUGCUCGCUGGCGGGCUUCUCGCCAAGCAGACAUCACUCACAGCCCCGUCCCCUCACCUCAGCCAUCUUGGUCGGAUCCUGGCAGGCCUCCCGAUGAGUACUUAGUUUCAGGCAGCUUGCCCUGGCUGGCCAUUAGCAAUCUUUUCUCUGCCAAAAAUAAUUCAUCCUGGAAUGCAACACCCCUCCCCCCGCAACCAACCAGAUAAUCCUGUAGCCGCCUGUGUGGUCAACCUCCAGCUCAGGCUCCAGAAGGGCAAUGCCUGGCAAUAGAUUUCAUACCACAGUCCCCUCAAGUUCCACAGUAAUUGCUGGGACCCUGGGGCUGAGGUUUUGUUUUGUUAGAGCCUUAAGCAGGCCAAUAACCAUCCUAUCACUGAUUGAGGUUAAUACCAGGUUCGUGGUCCCAAGAAAAGAACUGUAACCUCCUUUCUCUUAGCACUGUCAGAACAUCUUACCAGGGCACCAACUCCCCUUGCCUUGAACCACACGGACAGUCCAGGAAGAAGCUGAGGCUGGCUGGCAAGUUUAGGGAGAGACUGGCUCACGGGGCUCCUUACUUUCCCCACAGGCCCUUCCCCAGAACCUAAGACUCCCCUUGGCUGCAAGUCUGAUACCUCCGGAUGCCGCAUCCUUCCCCUGAUUCCUGACACUUAAUCACUUUGAAAACGUUUGUGUAGCAUCACAGGUGCCCAGAUAAACAAACAAAACCUCAGUAAGAAUACAGUUACUGUCCUCCGGGCCUCAGUGCCUCCGCAAACAUCACCCCUGCCUUCUUGUCGUGCCAAGUUAUGUAAGCCAAACUGAGAAUAACUUCAGGUUAUUAUUAGUGCCCAUGAGGCUGCAUUAUGUAUGUGAUCUCAGAUAGGAAAUGACAUCUCUGGUUCCUAGAACCCUUCAGAGAAAAGAGUAAAGACGCGUUAUUUUCAUCCAUCUCUGAUGCUCCCAAGAAGGCCUUCCUCUCUAUAGCCGCAUGUGAGGAAGAAAGAGCAAACUAAAAUCAAUGAACAGAGACUAGAAAAUGGUACCAACCAAGCGUGCUGUGUUGAGCUCUAUGGCCACAAAAGGCUCCCUCAUUUGAGCCUUGGGGGAAUCCUCAUCAGCAUCCUCAAUAUUCUAAAAAAAGAGAAGUUCAGAGACAUGAAAUGACCUUCCCAACAUCACAGCCAAGGGGCUGCAACCACGACAUGGACCUGGCCCACCGACUGCAAACGUGCUGUUCUUGCCAUGGGAAGACGGACCCAAGCAUGUUCCCACUUCAUCAGAAGGCCUCAGGGUCCACUGGCCUCAGGGUCCACUGGGUCUUGGUUCGGAGACAUCACAGGAGCAGGGAGAGAGUCUGAGGUGGCUUUGCUUUUAAAGGCAUCUCGGCUUGAAGAACUGAUCAAACUGGAAGCAGGGGUUGGGCUGUGGGGGAACGACGGAGCUGGGUCUUCAGUGGCCCAUGGCCAGUUUCUCAUUCUCAGAUUCCCAGGAGCCCGCUCAAUGCAGAGUCCUGGGAUCCGACUGCCUCAUGCAUACCCAGGUGCUGAUUUAAUGCUCUCCUCUAAGGAGCACAGUCAGCCCUCAGUAUCAGCAGGGGGUUGGGUCCAGGAUACCACCACCUGCUCACUGAGGAUACCAAAAUCCGAAGGUGCUCAAAGUCCUUAUAUAAAAUAGCAUAGUACAGUCAGAACCCAAGGAUGUGAAAGGUCAACUGUAUUUGCAUUUUAAAAGCAGGCCAGGGGAGACAGCAGCCCUUCACAGCAAGAAAUGAGUUACCAGCAUGGGAACUUCAGGCAGGAGAGAAGGCACAAACUAAAAACAAUUAACAAUGGAGAGAAGGGCAUUCCUGCCCCUGAGGCUGAGCCUGCAGAAAUGGUCAAGGCGGAAGUGGAGGACGGCCAUACAGAGAAGACUGCCGUUAAUAAUCCUUCUCUCUGCAGGAACUUGCAUCUGGGAUAGAUUCCAUCACUGCCUGUGGCUAUUGCAGAUGCUUUAGAAGUGGACCAGGUUAAUAAUAAUAAUAGUACUCAUGGCUUCCACUUACUGAGUUGACUAUGUGACCCAGUGGGCUAAGUGCUUUGAGUAUAUCAUCUCUUUUAAUCCCCAUAACAACCUUAUGAAAAGGUACCAUUAUUUCACCCAUGAGAAACUGAAGCUAAGAGGGGUUAGACACCGUUCAAAGUCACACAGCUAGCGAAUGGUAGAGCUGGGUCUGGAAUUCAGUGUGUCUUGCUCCAAAGUCCAGGCUUACAACCAAAAUCAACUAUGUCACUUCUAGGAAUUCAUGGACCCAAGGCUUAGAAGGACCCGUCAAUAAGUCUGAAUGACAUAGAGGCCUUUUAGUGCUUCAGUAUUAAAUGUGCCCUUUCAUUUCUCCUUUUUUCUCCCUCUUUUCCCAGCCCAAGACAGAGUGGUGUGCUAGAGCUAGCUUGUGUAACGGCUGUUAAAUUUUUUAGGAAUUUUACAAAGUGAUUGUUAAGCACGGCCACUAUCAAAAAUUAAAUUAUAUAAAUUUUACAAUCAAAUGUUAUAUUAA